CUGAGAGAGAGGAGUGAGAAGUUUGAGGAAGUAAGGUGAGAGGGGAUUGAGGGGAUUGACGGGAGAAAUGUACUUUUCCCUAGCAGAGCUGCAGGCCCAUUUGAGGAUCAUGGCUGCUGUUCCGCAGAAUAAUCUACAGGAGCAACUAGAACGCCAUUCGGCCAGAAAACUUAAUAACAAAUUAAGUCCUUCAAAACCAAAAUCUUUAGGUUUCACUUUUAAAAAGAAAAUAACGUCAGCCAACAAUGUAUCUGUCACUAGUGUGUCAGUAGCGAAAACACCUGUGUUAAAUGAUAAAGAUGUUAAUGUUGCUGAGGCCGUUUCCUUCAGUGGACCUCCGCCCCUCACCACAAGUCAGCAGACAAGGCCCAGUGACUUCAGACACGCUCCAGCAGGACAGCAAACCAGGAGAGCUGUUUCAAAACCAUUAUCGCCAGAUGUAUUGCAGGUUCAACGGGGAGUUUUAGGUAAUACCCAAAACACACCGACUGUAAAGAAAUCCAGUAAUGCUACUUUCAAGAAAUUAGAAUUUAGUUCUUCAUCAGAUUCUUUUGUUACCAUCAAUGAUUGGGAUGAUAUGGAUGACUUUGAUACUUCUGGAAAUUCAAAAGCAUUUGUUACGCCAUGCAGAAAUCACUUUGUGAGAGUAAGCACUGCUCAGAAAUCGAAAAAGUCUAAGAGAAACUUUUUGAAAGCACAGCUUCCCGAAGCAAAUACAGUAACGGCUGAUUUGACUCCAUCCUCCUCUGAAAGCAAGCAAGCAUGUUUGACUAAGAAACAGAACAAUGACUCAGAAUGGUUCAGUAACGAUGUCAUUUGCAUUGACGAUGACCCCAAUCCUGAAGAGCUUAUCCAUGGAGAUGCUCAGGAGAGUCAGCCUUUAAAAACUCAUUUGGGAGAAGAAAGAGAUGGUAGCGAAAAGAAGAACUUGGGAGAAACGGAAUUACAUUCAGUUGUGAAGUCUCCAUGUGUUGAACUAGAUGAAGAUGACUACGAGACAGACUUUGUUCCACCUUCUCCAGAAGAAGAAGUGAUUUCUGCCUCUUCUUCCUCUUUAAAAUGUUUUAGUAUGUUAAAGGACCUUGACAGCUCUGGUCCUAGCACAUCCGAGGACUUGCCAACGCCUGAGGGGAUGGCGCCGCAGCCGGAUCAAGAGGCCAGCACAGACUGUGACGCUAGACAGACAAGUUUGCAGCAGCAGCUUAUUCAUGUGAUGGACCAGAUCUGUAAAUUAGUCGAUACUAUUCCUGAUGAUGAGCUGAAGGCUCUGGAUUGUGGGGAUGAACUGCGUCAGCAGCGGGACAUAAGAAGGAACCUCCUGGCUGACGCCAACUUCAAUACAAGUGAUGCCAGUCGUCUUGCUUCCGUGUGGAGAUGCUGGCCUGAUUCACUUGGUAGCCCUGUGGACGAUACGGUGUCUGCUUCUGCUCCCGACGCAUUUCCAAAGGGCGAGUCCUGUCCUGCAGGGAGUUCUGUUCAGGAAUUAAAUUUUCCACACCUUCCCUCACAUUGCGGUACCACUAGGGAGUGUUUACUGGCUACUACCCCAGGAAAGACAGGAUUCUCAGCCACCCCGCAGAAUCCCUUUGAAAGACCGUUAUUCAGUCCCCAUUUACAGAAGUCCUUUGUAAGUAGCAACUGGGCUGAAACACCAAGGAUAGAAAAAAGAAAUGAAAGCUCUUACUUCCCGGGAAAUGUUCUCACAAGCACGGCUGUGAAAGAUCAGAAUAAACGUGCUGCUCCAAUAGACGACUUAGAAAGAGAAACCCAGGCUGCCUGUGACAUUGACAAUUUUGACAUUGAUGGCUUUGAUGAUGAUGAUGAUGAUGACUGGGAAAAUAUUAUCCAUGAUUUAGCAGCCAGCAAAUCUUCCACAGCUGCCUCUCAACCUAUUAAGGAAGGUCGGCCAGUUAAGCCAGUAUCAGAAAGAAUUUCUUCAGCCAAGGCAAACUGUCUUCCAGUGGCAUCUACUGCUCAAGAUAAAAACUCAGAGUCAGUUCAGAAUUACACGGACAAGUCGGCGCAAAAUUUAGCAUCCAGAAAUCUGAAACACGAGCGUUUCCAAAGUCUGAGUUUUCCUCAUACAAAAGAAAUGAUGAAGAUUUUUCAUAAAAAAUUUGGCCUGCAUAAUUUUAGAACUAAUCAGCUAGAGGCGAUCAAUGCUGCGCUGCUGGGUGAAGACUGUUUUAUCUUAAUGCCCACUGGAGGUGGUAAAAGUCUGUGUUACCAGCUCCCUGCCUGUGUCUCUCCAGGCGUCACUAUUGUCAUAUCUCCCUUGAGAUCACUCAUAGUAGAUCAAGUCCAAAAGCUGACUUCCUUAGAUAUUCCAGCUACAUACCUGACAGGCGAUAAGACUGACUCAGAAGCGACAAGUAUUUACCUGCAAUUAUCCAAGAAAGACCCAAUUAUAAAACUUCUAUAUGUUACUCCAGAGAAGGUCUGUGCAAGUAAUAGACUGAUUUCCACUCUGGAGAAUCUGUAUGAGAGGAAGCUCUUGGCACGUUUUGUCAUUGAUGAAGCACAUUGUGUCAGUCAGUGGGGACAUGAUUUUCGCCAAGAUUAUAAAAGAAUGAAUAUGCUUCGCCAGAAGUUCCCCUCUGUUCCAGUGAUGGCCCUUACUGCCACAGCUAAUCCCAGGGUACAGAAGGACAUCCUCACUCAGCUGAAGAUUCUCCAACCUCAGGUGUUCAGCAUGAGCUUUAACAGACAUAAUCUGAAAUACUACGUGUUACCGAAAAAACCCAAGAAGGUGGCAUUUGAUUGCUUAGAGUGGAUCAGAAAGCAUCACCCACAUGACUCUGGGAUAAUCUACUGCCUCUCCAGGCGAGAAUGUGACACCAUGGCUGACACUCUACAGAAAGAUGGUCUGGCUGCUCUUGCUUAUCAUGCCGGCCUCAGUGAUUCUGCCAGGGAUGAAGUACAGCACAAGUGGAUUAAUCAGGAUGGCUGCCAGGUUAUCUGUGCAACAAUAGCAUUCGGAAUGGGGAUUGACAAACCCGACGUGCGGUUCGUGAUCCACGCGUCUCUCCCUAAAUCUGUGGAGGGCUACUACCAGGAAUCCGGCAGAGCUGGGAGAGAUGGGGAGAUAUCGCACUGCCUGCUGUUCUAUACCUAUCACGAUGUGACCCGGCUGAAGAGACUCAUACUGAUGGAAAAAGAAGGAAACCAUCAUACCAGAGAGACUCACAUCAACAAUUUGUAUAGUAUGGUGCAUUACUGUGAAAAUAUAACAGAAUGCAGGAGAAUACAGCUUUUGGCUUACUUUGGUGAAAAGGGAUUUAAUCCUGAUUUUUGUAAGAAAUACCCAGAUGUUUCUUGUGAUAAUUGCUGUAGAACAAAGGAUUAUAAGACAAGAGAUGUGACCAAUGAUGUAAAAAAUAUUGUGAGAUUUGUUCAAGAACAUAGUUCAUCACAAGGAAUAAGAAAUAAAAACCAUCCGGGUCCUUCUGGGAGAUUUACUAUGAAUAUGCUGGUCGACAUUUUCUUGGGGAGUAAGAGCGCAAAAAUUCAGUCAGGAAUAUUUGGAAAGGGAUCUACUUAUUCACGACACAAUGCUGAAAGACUUUUUAAAAAAUUGAUACUUGACAAGAUUUUGGAUGAAGACUUAUAUAUCAAUGCCAAUGACCAACCCAUUGCCUAUGUGAUGCCAGGAAAUAAAGCCCAAACUGUACUAAGUGGGCAUUUAAAGGUAGACUUUAUGGAGACGGAAAAUUCCACCAGUGUGAAAAAACAGAAAGCUUUAGUGGCAAAGAUAUCUCAGAGGGAAGAGGUGGUGAAGAAGUGUCUUGGAGAACUGACAGAAGUCUGUAAAUCUCUGGGAAAAGUUUUUGGUGUCCACUACUUUAAUAUUUUUAAUACCGUCACUCUCAAGAAGCUUGCAGAAUCUUUAUCUUCUGAUCCUGAGGUUUUGCUUCAAAUUGAUGGUGUUACUGAAGACAAACUGGAAAAAUACGGUGCAGAAGUGAUUCCAAUAUUACAGAAAUACUCCGAGUGGACAUUGCCAGCUGCCGACGGUUCCCCGCGGAGAAGCCCGGGCAGCAGCAGAGCCACCAGAAGCGCCCCCGAGGAGUUCGAUGAGGAAACACCCGUAGCUUCUCACUACUUUGCAAAUAAAACCAAAAACGAAAGAAAGAGGAAAAGGAUGUCAGCCUCCCAAAGGCCUAAGAGGAGGAGAACCAGCUUUGGAGGCUCCAAGACAAAAGGGAGCUCACGAAGUAAAAGGAGAAUUUAAAAGGCAUCUGGUCCAGCCCCCUGGGGUUUGUGAUGAGGAAGCUGAGCCCUGGCCUGGGGAAGGCUUGUGCGAGGCUUCUCCCAGCCGGGUCUCAAUUUCCCAGGUAGGACUGGCCUCUGGCUCACCCACACCUGCCCAGGGGCUCUCAUUUCUGCACGUUGCCCAUGGAGAUCCCUUACACAUGAUGACAAUCUCCCCAUUCUUACAUGUUCUAACAAAGCACACCAUAUUUCAGUGUUCAUUGCCCUUGGCGCCCUUUGCAGUUUUUCCAACUUCUGUUUGUAAGAGUGAAGCACUUCGCGCUGUGGUUAGAACCGCAUCUGGGAAGAAGUAGUAAGCUCACGCUUCUCCAAAAGCCAGUGCCAGUUUGAAUGCUGGUGUUAAUGAGCCUGCGUGUUUAUGGUGGGAUUCUUUUCUAAUCUCUUCUGGCCAAAACCAGGGAGUUUUGUAACUUUUUUUUUUUUGAUCCUUGUAGCAGCCUCUUUGUACCCGGGCUUCAUUCUCCUUCCUGCUGAACCUCUGUGACAGGUCCCCACAGCUUCCAGGCUGCUCACCUGGCUGAGAGUCUGCGCAGCCACAGAAUACCAGUGGCUCUGUGCCAGAGACCUUAACUGCCCGCCCCACCCUCCGAGCUUCACAUCUUCCCAAUAACACAAUGAACCAGUUGUGCACUGGGCUCUGGGAGUGGGCGUGAAAUGGAUGGCUCUGGUGAGGCAGAGACCGUGGUUGGCAGAUUCAUUCUGUAAAUCAACAUAAACAGCAGGUUUUCACUCAGGGCUUAAUUUCUCAGCAGGAAAUCAGCGUAGGGAAAUUUAAGGCUGCUUCUCUGCCGGGUGUAGCAGAUCUUUGCCAGUUCUGCAGUAAAACUGCCCUCGAGCAAGAGUUUUAAAAUGUUGGAAAAGCACUCUUCCCCCGGCCCAGCAAAAUACCUUUAGCACAGAUGGGUGGCCCUGAGACCCUGGCUUCUACAUUCAGAGACAGGAGGCCACUUGCAGGCCCUGACGUUACAGAAUUAACUCUGGGCAUGAACUCAGCUGGGUUACAAACCACGGGGAAUAACCCGCACCGUUUAGAAAGUCUUCUCCUGUUAUCCUGGUAAAAUGCUGGCCCUGUGGCUCUUCUUUCGUUUCAUUUGCGGGGAGGAGAAAGCUGGUAUCUUCAGGUCAGUAAGGGAAGUGAGGUGCUGGCAGGACUUUGUAAGAGGCUGUGGGAGGCCUUCUUGCCUGGUUUCAAAGGCAGCGAGUAGGAGAGAAGAGUGUGCAAGAGAGCGAGCUGCUGGUGCCAUGGCCCUGACAACACUCGCCAGACCCAAGCGCCUCCCCCGGGGAGCCACAUCUGCCUCCUUCCCCAGCCGGGCAAGUUCCUUAACUCCACAGUGUCUGUUAUCCAGGCACCUGGGCCCUUAAAUCAAGGUAUUGUCCCUUCCUUUAUUUGGUCAGAAUAGAUUGAAGACUGUGGAUCUGGGCUCUGUUGUCCCGAGGGAAGGGUUUGAUUAUCAGCCGUGAACGGCGUGGCUGGGGAGCAAGCACAGGGGGUCUGUCUCAAGUCCCAAAAUUAAGAAACAGCCCUUGCCAUUUUAAGAAGGCAAAUUGAGGACAAAAUUGUGCAAAGGGCAUCAGUCCUUUAUUCCUUAAAUUGUGAAGGAAACUUACUUACAGGGGCUUUAUAGGCAGGAAAUGCACAGAGAUGCAGGAGAGCAAGGAAAAUCGCAGACUAAUCAUAGAGCCCUGCGCAGGUUGAGAGCAAGAACACUGUUCACUUCUGAUUUUAUUUAACAUUUUAACUUUCUUUUCUUUGUCAC